CCGGCGCCGCGGCCGGAGGAUGCGCUUCUCCGCCCCGCCGGGCUCCGCGGGCGGGCUGCGGGAGCAGCGGCGCGGCUGAGCGCCAGCUCCGCGGAUCCAGGUUUGCCUUUCAAGCUGCUUUUGACUGCUCUGGACAGUAACAACACAUUGACUCUGACAUGAUUCUUCUCAGUUAUACUGCUGUAGAUGGGAUUCUGAGUACAAGGAAUGACAAUUGAUAGGUCUUGUCAAUGUUCCUUCUACUAUAGCCUUGCAAGUCUCUGAGCAGCAGCAUAGGAGACCUGCAAACACAAAAGAAGUAGAAGCCAUUAACCUACCUUGCUCAGAAGGAUCGCUAAAUCAGUACAAGAUGGCACAGCAUAGUAUUGUCCUUGGAUUAUUCAUCAUGACUGUUUUAUCACUGUUGGAUGGAAGUUCAGCUUUCCUGUUAAAUCAGCGUCUGAAGGGAAGAUUUCAAAGAGACCGUAGAAACAUCCGCCCAAACAUCAUCCUUGUUCUUACUGAUGAUCAGGAUGUGGAACUUGGUUCUAUGCAAGUGAUGAAUAAAACAAGGCGGAUCAUGGAACAUGGAGGUGCUCAUUUCAUCAAUGCCUUUGUGACAACUCCCAUGUGCUGCCCAUCUCGCUCUUCCAUUCUCACGGGGAAGUACGUCCACAACCACAACACCUACACUAACAAUGAGAACUGUUCUUCUCCAUCCUGGCAGGCUCAGCAUGAAAUACGUACGUUUGCAGUGUACCUCAACAACACAGGAUACAGGACAGCUUUCUUUGGAAAGUACCUUAAUGAAUACAAUGGCUCCUAUGUGCCUCCUGGUUGGAAAGAAUGGGUUGGAUUACUUAAAAACUCUCGAUUUUACAACUACACCCUCUGUAGAAAUGGUGUGAAGGAAAAGCAUGGAUAUGACUACUCCAGGGAUUAUUUAACUGAUCUGAUUACCAAUGACAGUAUUACCUUCUUCAGAAUCUCCAAGAAGAUGUAUCCUCACAGGCCUGUACUGAUGGUUAUAAGCCAUGCUGCUCCUCACGGCCCUGAAGAUUCAGCCCCUCAGUACUCACAUCUCUUUCCUAAUGCCUCGCAACACAUCACUCCCAGUUAUAACUAUGCUCCAAACCCAGACAAGCACUGGAUAAUGAGGUAUACUGGUCCCAUGAAACCUAUCCACAUGGAGUUCACUAACAUGCUGCAGAGAAAGCGCCUUCAAACACUCAUGUCUGUGGAUGACUCUAUGGAGAUGAUUUACAACACGUUGGUCGAAACAGGUGAACUGGACAAUACAUAUAUAAUAUACACAGCAGACCAUGGUUAUCAUAUUGGGCAGUUUGGACUGGUGAAAGGGAAGUCCAUGCCAUAUGAGUUUGAUAUCAGAGUUCCUUUCUACGUCCGAGGUCCAAACGUGGAGGCUGGAUCCUUGAAUCCUCACAUUGUGUUGAAUAUUGAUCUUGCACCUACAAUUCUAGAUAUUGCUGGAUUGGAUAUUCCAUCUGAUAUGGAUGGUAAAUCCAUUCUAAAGCUUCUGGAUUCUGAGAGACCAGUGAAUAGGUUCCAUUUAAAGAAGAAGAUGAAGGUGUGGAGAGACUCAUUCCUAGUGGAAAGAGGUAAACUGCUGCAUAAGAGGGAGAAUGAGAAGGUAGAUGCCCAAGAAGAAAACUUUCUACCCAAGUACCAGCGUGUGAAAGACCUGUGUCAGCGAGCUGAGUAUCAAACAGCUUGUGAACAGCUUGGCCAGAAGUGGCAGUGUGUGGAAGAUGCCAGUGGAAAGCUCAAGCUACACAAGUGCAAGGGAAUGGCAGGCUUGGCAGCUGCAGGCAACAACAAAGGCACCUCCAAUAUUUUGCCCAAGUAUUACAACAGGAAUAGUGAAGACUGCAACUGUGAGGAGAAUGAGUACAAGCUAAGCCAUGUUGGACGGAGAAAGAAACUCUUCUCCAAGAAAAAAUACAAACCAAGCUAUGUCCGGAAUCGCUCGAUCCGUUCUGUAUCUGUUGAGCUGGAUGGAGCCAUUUAUACCCUGGGCAUAGAGGAUGGCUACCAACCUGUCUUACCAAGAAACAUCACCAAGAGGCACAAGGUGCAGAGGGCCCUUGUUCGUGAGGAGGAAGAUAAGGACAUGGGGGAGUACAGUGGCACUGGUGGCAUUGCAGAGUACACAGCCCCUAACCUAAUAAAAGUGACUCACAGGUGCUAUAUCCUGGAGAAUGACACUGUUCAGUGUGACACAGAUCUGUACAGGUCACUGCAAGCUUGGAAGGACCAUAAACUUCAUAUUGACCACGAGAUUGAAACUUUGCAAAAUAAAAUAAAGAACCUGAGGGAGGUGAGAGGUCACCUGAAGAAGAAACGACCUGAAGAGUGCGACUGUAACAAGAUAAGUUACCAUUCGAAACAUAAAAGCAAACUGAGGCACAAGGGAUCUGGUCUUCAUCCUUUCAAGAAAGCCCUGCAGGAGAAAGACAGGCUGUGGCUGCUUCGAGAGCAACGGCGGAAGAAGAAACUGCGCAAACUGCUGAAGAGAAUAAAGAAUAAUGACACGUGCAGCAUGCCUGGCCUGACCUGCUUCACCCACGACAACCAGCACUGGCAGACUGCUCCCCUCUGGACAUUGGGCCCCUUCUGUGCCUGUACCAGUGCCAACAACAACACAUACUGGUGUUUGAGGACAAUCAAUGAGACCCACAACUUCCUGUUUUGUGAAUUUGCUACUGGAUUUUUGGAGUAUUUUGAUCUCAAUACUGAUCCAUAUCAGCUAAUUAAUGCAGUGAAUACACUAGACAGAGAUGUUCUCAAUCAACUGCAUGUCCAGCUCAUGGAACUAAGAAGCUGCAAAGGGUAUAAACAAUGCAACCCAAGAACCAGGAACAUGGAUCUGGGACUUAAAGAUGGAAGCUAUGAGCAGUACAGGCAGUUUCAGCGUCGAAAGUGGCCAGAUGUGAAGAGACCAUCAUCUGCCAAGUCACUAGGACAACUGUGGGAAGGAUGGGAGGGCUAAACCUCCCCCAGCCACUGCACCUCCAUGAGGAUCCAAACUGGCCAGAACUUGAAUCCAUGUAAAGACUGAAUGAAAAUGUGUCUGACUUCAGAAAGAAUUAUUAAUGUUAGCCUGGAGGACUGGACAAGCUUUGAGGCUGAAAUAGAUAGAUUGUUUGCACUGGUGAGUUUAAUUACACAGAUGAUGGGAAAUGCUGUCAGAAUUACAGGUCCCUGAAAUCCACUAUUGUACCUGCUUUUUGCUUUGGAUUAUACCUCACCUGCUUCACAAGGCAUUUUUACUUCAAGAAGACACCACUAACACUUGAACCCAGGACUGGACAGAAGAGGAAAUGCAGCCACAUUCCAAAGAGGAUUGCCAUCCCAGGGCAGAGGGCACACAAAGGCAGCAGCAACAGACUGAAAACGUUUUUCAGCUGAAUCUUCAGAUGUCCUGGGAAAAACUUCAAUGGCAAGUACAACUCUGAAGUGAGACUUGGAAAACACGGACACUUUUGCUUCUAAUUGGGGUAAAGGUAAUGGUGGAAAAGAACUUUAAGACAUUCAGGAACUGAAACAAGCAGCAUUGAAUAUUCUCCACCAUUUUUAUUAAAUUUCCUGUGAGGAUACUUUUUCAUCCAUCCUAUUGACACCUCUAGGACAAUUAGAGAAAAUUUUGACUAACAGGAUGCCAGAUUUUUGGAGGGAUUGUGUAAAUAUUGAUCAAUAUUGUUUGAAAAUAAGUUCCUUCAGAUUGUGAAGAUUAUGUUAAUAAAAAAAGUGGACUGCCCACACCAUUUCUCAAAAUGUUAAUGUUGCAUAGUACAUUUCAGAAUUUAUCCAUUUUUAAAAGUACUGAAAAAUUUCAGUAAAUGUACAUCUUAAAUUUUAUUGGAAUCAUAUUUGUAAGAAGUUUUUUUAUGUGGUAAUAUUAUAUUGUAUGUUUAAAACCAAAAAAGUUCCUUUUGAGAAAGCAGCAUUUGCUUAGUAGUGUAACUUUUACAUCUAUUUUUUAAAAAGGGAGCUCCAAGAAGUUCAAUGCUCGUAGCCAAUAAAGAAUAAUCCAGUAUAGUUCAGUCUACAAAAAAGUAGAUGUUCUGGAUGGCAGUUACUGUUUAAAGGCUUUUAUAAAGGGAAAAACCCCUCAUUUUCCUAAGGCAGCACAGUGUACAGAGUCCGUGUCUUUUCAUAAAGGUGUUAUCCAAUACAUGGCAGUCCAGGCACUACCAGUGAUGUUUGUAUUUAUCAUUUUUUUUUCAUGUUAAUCUGCUACCUGUUUUAAAGGCAGAUGCAGGAGGGAGCUCAUGUGACAGCCUUGACCAACUGUGGCCUUCACUCUUAACAAAGAGGUACUUUUUUUUUUCCAAAAUACAAAUUUAACCCACACUUUUUGAAACAGUGGAAAAAUACAUCAUGGAAAUUAUUUUGCUACCCUUCCUGGUUUUGCAUAGUAGGAAAUUAAAGUGGAAUUACUUCAGAGGGGGGAUAUAGGUCUCUGUUACAACACUCCCACACUUUAAAAAUAUACUUGAAUUUAGAAGCCCUCUCAAGAAGUGGCAGUGGGGUCUUUCAUUUUAUGUGCUGUAUAGUAAAACUAGGCUUGAGUUUGUUUGUAUCACAUGUGAGUAUGUCAAAUACACUUCCCAACAUUUUCUUGCAA